AUGGCAGCAGUGGAGAGGAAGAAACCAACACACUUGGACAUGAACUCCAAAUCUUCGACACCUGUCCCCCAGUUUGAGGUCAAAGGCAGCCAUAUCAUGGCUAGAAAUAGAGGCUCUUUUCUAGUCAGGCACACCCCUCAUCCCAGAAGAGUCUGCCACAUCAAAGGUUUGAAUAACACUCCCAUCUGUACUGUGAAUGAUGAUGAGAAUAUGUUGUGGACAUUGCACGGUGGUGGCCAGCUUUGCCACUCCAAGGAGGGUAAGACAACAUGUGCCAAAUGCAGUUGCCCACCUAGCACUCCAGACUCACAGAGCUCUGUCAGAGGAGUGUCGCCAGCUUCAACCAUUGUCAAAACGCCCCUACGGCCUCAUUCUGAGCCCAGUCGAAAAAUGAAAGAGUGCUUCAAAACUUCCAAUGAGAAUCCCUUAGUAAUUAAAAAGGAAGAAAUUAAGGGCAAAAAGUCACCAUCAGCUCCAAAGGCAUCCUCUACUGCUGGUUCUGGGUCUUCAGAGAUGAUGACUUCCAAGAACGACGUCAAAGCGAACACUGUUUGCAUACCGAACUACCUGGAUCAAGAAAUUAAAAUCCUGGCAAAGCUCUGUGACAUUUUACACACUGAUUCUCUGGGAGAAGUGCUACAGUGGCUGCUUCAUGCAAGUACAAAAGAGAAAGAGUGGGUCUCUGCUUUGAUUCAUUCUGAGCUGGCUGAGAUAAACAUGUUGACUCGCAGAAGAAACAUCUCAAAGGAACCAGCAGGAGAGACUGAGAAGCCACCCAUAGUUACACCACCCCCAAAUUCACCUGAAAAAUCAGUGGAACUGACCAAAGCUAAAGAAGAUCAACCAACCAGAGCAUCAAGUCAAGGAUCUGAAGGGAAUAAGGAAGUGCCAAAAGAGGCUGAACAUAAGCCCCCAUUGUUUAUUAGAAGAAAUAAGGCAAAAAUACCUCUUACAGAAUAUUUCAGCAAACCAAAGUCUGACCUCUCCCCAGUCUCUCCCAGGCCGACCUCUCAGAAUAGUGGAUCAGCAAAACCAAUGACAGCAAGCACUACACAAGGAUACAAUCUCUGUCCCCAAAGAGCAGUUUAUCCUUCAGCAUACCAAAGGUAG